GCGCGCCGCCGGAAAUGAUGACACAAUAGCACGUGCUCUUGCCCUAUAUUUCCGCUUCCGCCCGGCCGCCAUCUUCUCUCUUUCUGAUACGGCGUCUCGCGCGGUGGCACGAUGCAGAUUUUUGUGAAGACUCUGACCGGGAAGACCAUCACUUUGGAGGUGGAACCCAGCGACACGAUCGAGAAUGUGAAAGCCAAGAUCCAGGAUAAGGAGGGGAUCCCCCCGGAUCAACAGCGUUUAAUCUUCGCUGGGAAGCAACUGGAGGAUGGCCGCACCCUGUCUGAUUACAACAUCCAGAAAGAGUCCACUCUCCAUCUGGUGCUGCGUCUGCGAGGUGGUGUUUUGGACCCGUCCCUCCGCAUUCUCGCUCAGAAAUAUAACUGUGACAAGAUGAUCUGCCGCAAGUGCUAUGCACGCCUCCACCCUCGCGCAUCAAAUUGUCGUAAAAAAAAAUGUGGCCACACAAACAACCUGCGCCCGAAGAAGAAGCUGAAGUAACUGUUGGGGAUGGUGUCCUCGGCAUGUUUGUGUUUGAGCUAAAUCUCCAAUAAAAGUGUGCGUUGCAUCACUCA